AUGACUCGUACUUCCGUUCUAGCUGAUGCUCUAAAGACAAUUAUCAAUGCUGAAAAGACUGGUAAGCGUCAAGUUUUGAUUAGACCUUCUUCCAAGGUCAUCAUCAAGUUCCUACAAGUUAUGCAGAGACAUGGUUACAUUGGUGAAUUUGAAUACAUCGAUGAUCACAGAUCUGGUAAAUUGGUCAUUCAAUUGAACGGUAGAAUCAACAAAUGUGGUGUCAUCUCACCAAGAUUCAACGUUAAGAUUGCAGACAUUGAAAAGUGGACUGAAAACUUGUUGCCAGCUAGACAAUUCGGUUACGUUAUCUUGACUACUUCUGCUGGUAUCAUGGAUCAUGAAGAAGCUAGAAGAAAGCAUGUCUCUGGUAAAGUACUAGGUUUCGUUUACUAA